CGCUGGAAUCCACUCACCCAGCCCACCUUCCAACAGCGGUCACAGUGUCUGUUACUCCUCUAAAAACACCGCCACCAGCGCCAAGCCGCACUGUAACUCGCCGGCACUGUCCACUUGUUUGUCUUCGUCGCAGCCGUUUUUCUCCCUCUCUCCUACAUCGUUUUUUUCUAAGCAUACUUGAAUAAGCUUUUGUGUUGCUUUCGCUUUUGAUUUUCGCUGCCAAGUCGCAUCCAACCCUUCCCUCACUCCACAACUCUCCCGACUUCUUCCUACAGCGAACGGUUCUUCGCACUUGGCGCCCGCUACGUAACGACGCAUCGCGAGACGUAGCCUCACCAACGUCCUCCAAAGCAAACAUUACUGCGCAAUAGCGCCCGCCAUCCCCCUAGCCGUGUAUUGCUAGUCGAUAAUAGUGCCAAUCUAUGCCGAUAUCCGAAUAAAUCGCUCGCCUCUUCCCGUCUAGCGCCCCUUUCAAAGGGAUCGCUUUGCUCCGCCUUGGCCUCAAAUCAACAUGUUUUCCAUACACAGUAUAGCAGCCACCGUUGCUGGUGUGGCUUUGCUAUUUCCUUCCUCCGUUUGGGGCCACUCUGUAAAACGAGAACCCGUCAACUACGUAUCCACGAUUGAAAAUGCCAAAAUCCAUACGCCGUCGCAGCGUGUCCAUUCUUACUCCGACUUCGCUCUUACCUUUACUCUACACAACGGAACAGAAGAAAUCCGCUUAGAACUUGAGCCGAAUAUCGAUCUUAUCCCCGAGGGUUUUACGGUCACCUACUUAAACGAAGAUGGUAGCGCUAGCCAGGUUCACGAGCUGAAACAGCAAGAUUAUAAAGUUUACAGAGGCCGCUCCUAUGUUCAUCGCAAAGGACAUGAGGGCUGGUUUCUGUCAGGAUGGGCCCGAAUCAUGAUGCAUCAAGAUGGAGAGAACCCAAUCUUUGAUGGUGCUUUUCGAGUCAACAGCAACAACCAUCACAUCGAAGCCGGUCACCGUUACGGAAAGAUUAAACAUGAAGAAGACCCUCAUGUUCACACAAAGGAUGAUACUAUGGUUGUAUGGCGCGAUUCUGAUGUUCGCUCUACCGACGAGCAACUCGAGCUGAAGCGUAGUGAGCCGAGCGCUGGCACUUGUGCAGCUGAUACUUCAGACUUCAACCGACAAUACGACUUGACAUCGAGAGAAUUUGAGCCUCUGGAAGCUGUUUCAAACCGCUCACUGUUUGGCCGCCAAGCUAUCGAUGGCAACGGUGGUGGCCCUGCUGGUGACCUUAGUGCUACCAUUGGCGAUGCUUCAGGCUGCCCUACUUCCCGCAAACUGGCACUGGUCGGCAUUGCUACCGACUGUAACUACUGGGAACACUUCUGGACUGAAAAUACCGAUAAAACCCACGCUGCUGUGGAAAAGAAUGUUAUUGGAAUGGUUAACAAAGCCUCGGAGGUGUAUGAGAGUAGCUUGAAGAUCUCUCUUGCGCUUCAAAAUCUAGCCAUCCAGCCUCAAAACUGCUCAGGCUCAGGCUCACAGGCUGCUCCUUGGAACGUAAAGUGCGGAUCUUCAGUUAAUCUGGGUGACCGCUUAUCUCUAUUUUCUAAGUGGCGUGGUCAAAAGACAGAUACCAACGCAUACUGGACGCUACUCACUACCUGCAACACGGACGCGACAGUAGGAUUCGCCUGGAGAGGCCAGCUCUGCCGACAAGGCUCUACACCCAACGGAGGAAAUACGAAUGAAACCAUCUCAUCUACCAAUGUUAUCGCCCUUACUUCGACUGAGUGGCAGGUCUUUGCCCAUGAAACUGGCCAUACGUUUGGUGCCGUACACGACUGUGUCAAGUCGACAUGCCCAGGCGGCGCGGAUGCUCAACCAUGUUGCCCUUUGUCGACAGGCAGCUGUGAUGCUGGUGGCAAGUUUAUCAUGAACCCCUCCACUGGUACUGAUAUUUCUGCCUUUUCCCAGUGUACCAUUGGCAAUAUUUGCUCAGGAUUGAAGGGCAAUGUUAAGUCUGACUGCCUCUCUACCAACAGGAAUGUUAAGCUGUAUACUGGAAGCUCAUGCGGCAACGGUAUUGUCGAAACUGGAGAAGACUGCGACUGUGGCUCAACUGAAUCGUGUGGCAAUAACUCUUGCUGUGACCCCAAGACUUGUAAAUUCACGACAGGCUCGGUCUGCGAUCCCUCCAACGAAGAUUGCUGCACUCAGCAGUGCAAAUUCGCGGGAAGUGACAAGACUUGCCGCGCUAGCACAGGCCCCUGCGAUCCAGAGGAAAAGUGUUCUGGCACUUCUGGCCUCUGUCCUGAAGAUAAGCACAAGGACAAUGGCCAGUCGUGUGGUGACGGCCUCGAAUGUGCCUCGGGAACAUGUACGUCCCGGGACCAGCAGUGCAAGGUUUCAUUUGGUCGCAUGAGAUCAUCGCCUAAGUCCUGCGGAAACGAGUGCUUGAUGCAAUGCUCCAACACGGAUUACAACGGCGGUCAGUGUACCUACUUCAACUCGUACUUCAUCGACGGUACCAGCUGCAGCGGUGGUGGCCAGUGCAAGGACGGUCAGUGCCAGGGAGGCUCAUGGUGGAAGACGUUUACGGAUUGGUACCAGUCCCAUUUGAGCAUCAGCAUCCCCGUGACCAUUGUGGUUGCCCUCCUCAUCCUUACCAUCAUCUCCAGCUGCUUCUGCAGCUGCUUCAGACGACGACCACAGAUGCGCAAGCCCAAGCCGGUCUCGCCAGGCGCAGGCACACCGCCCAAUAACGGCGGAUGGCAGGCCUACGGUGGCGAGUAUGCGCCAACACAACACAACAUGAACAACAUGACCAUGUCUGGGCCCUAUGGAUACUACGGCCAGCAAGAGAAUGCCAAUCAUCAAGGCAUAAGCAACGUGCCACACCCUCAAGCCCAGAGCAACUCGCAGUUCUCGCAGGGUCAAGCUUACAACAACAACUUCUCACAAAACUAUACCAACAACAACACCACCAACGAUACCAACUUUUCACACAACUAUAACAACAACGCCUACAACAUGCAGGAAAUGAACCAUACAGGAAACUACUCAUCGCAAGAUCAUCACUACCCUCCGCCACCUCCACCCCCAACUUAUGGCAACGCUACCAACACGCGAUACGCCUAAGAUGGAUAUUGUCUCUGACUUUGUACUAGUUUCUCCGUCGAUCUGUUUCUCGCAUUGACCUUCUUCUGCACUAAUAUUGGAAUGGAGUCCACACUCUAGAGAUGAUGAGAUUGAGCCGCAAUGUAUUUACGAGUGGCAGCAGGGAAUUAAUCCCGCGAGCUUGCCAAACCAGGUGCAUAAAUGUGUCUAUGUACGUAACUUUUGUAUAUAUCUACAAAUCAGCCAUUCACAUGGCUGUGAUGAACAUGAGCCUCCUUUGUUCUUGAAUCUUCAUAAACAACCCGUGCUGUACUUGUUCAUAAUCAUUAAUAUCCUCCACAUGUUGUAUUCCAUCUCGCCUCGCUCAUGUAGUCUUUUCUUUGGCAGGCUUAUCCUCUGCUCGGAAACCACACAUGAGCGCUGUAAACUUUAACCGCUGGCCAGCUAUGCUCUAGAUUCCCCAAGCGUCAGUAAAAUGUUUCCCUUCACCAGUACACAUAAAUCACUCACAUCAUCACGCGACUGCGCAUACAUGAGCAACCGCUCCGGACAAUCCAGCACGCUCAGUGCAAACCCCCGCUGCUCCUGCUCUUCAAAACCCUCUUUUCGCGGCCUACUUAUUCAUGCGCCCUAGCUUCCCGCGCAUUCAUCUCGUCCUCAGCAACCUGGUCUAGGUCAGCCUGCGACAUGGGCUGAGUGGCAGCGGGCACAACGGGCGCCACGGGCCCUGGCUUGCGAUAUGGAUCCUUGCCGCGGGCCUGGCGGUCGCGCAUGGCUUCUGUGAAGAUGGACUCGCGGGCCUGUGAGGGUGAUUGGAACGGCAUGUUGGGAUUCGAGGGGCCAGGGUUUGAGGGGAUGCGGAAGGAUGACAUUGUGAGGGCGAGAGGUUCGAUAUAGUGUAGAGGACGCGUGAGGCGACUCGCUGGUCCGGGACUUCGGGUGGUCCUCCAGCGACACGGGAUUGAUGGGGGCUGACGGGCGGUCUGCAGAGAGGCUGAUUUGCGGAAUGGGAGAUGGAGGGAAGCAGCGCACGUACGCACUCAGCACGCCUGUUGUCGAAUUUGUUGAUGGUGAUGCAACACAGGGUUGAAUUUGGCGGGGUUUUGUUGCCCUGCAACCUUCAACGGCCAACUCCACCGCCACGUCGAGACAAGGCUAUGGUAUGUACCGACUUCGGCUACGGCAGGUAUACAUGUAACUUGGAGCGAUAAGUGUUUAUAGGAGCAGGUCAUCUGAUUAGAAAAAUAGUCAUGGUACUGGUAUUGGCUUGUUUGGGUUAUUAUACACGAAAAAUCUACGACUCCUCUCCGGUAAAGCGUACACAAAAAAAAAAUCAACGCAUAAAAGAACAACAUCAUGUCCGUGGUUUUCCCCCCUUCUUCCCAAAAUAGCAAAAUGAGCAGGGUCUAAAGGUAGACCGCAAAUUCGAAAACUCCGUGUAAGCCGCCUCGUCCGUAAACUUGUAUGAUUAUUCUGUUCCGUCCGCAGGUGUAUCGGGCCUUGUAUGGAAGAGUGUACAACGGGCUCUCUAAGCCCGCCAAUAAUCCAAGAAAAGAUAGAGAAUAGGAAAAAGAUAAAGCGAGGGACUUUAUAUGUGUGGACCAAACGUGGGUUACAGGUGCUGGUCAGCCUGCUGCUCGCGUGGGCUUGCCAGCGGCGCACGGCAGCAGACAGGCUGGAGCCGGCGUGUAUAUGUAUAUAGGUGGUGGCGCGGCGGAGGAUAGCAUUACAUCGUACUCUGGUUGUUGGCCGUGGUAUUUCGUUGCGGCUCCUGGCGCCGCUUGGUGUACAUUGUCGUAAAACUGCGUCUGGGGUGGUGGUCUUGGUGGUGGUCGGGUGAGGAGGUGAGGAGGUGAGGAUGAUGGCGAUGGUGGCUUGCAAAUUGAAACAAACGUAGACAGAUUCUACCUGCCAAAGUUGAUGACGGCGAGCUGUGCAAUGUUAGAAAAUGUGAGUCUUCUGGAAUAUGGCUGUCUCUGUACUUACUCUGCUGUUUGAGCCAUAGGCUAGCUUUUGACCGCUCAUAUCCCAGCACAGGCAGUGCUCGUCUUCCUCAUCCGAAUCUGACGUUCCCUUGGGCGUCAACCAGCCGGGGUGCGGAGGUCGGUUCCAGCUGGCUCGAGGCAUGACGCUGCCAACCUUCCAGAUCAGAACCUGUCUUGAUGUAGCACCGGCCAGGAAUGCGCCAUCGGGUGUGAAUGCAAGCUUCACGAUUGGCGAGCCCAUUGUUAUCAAGCACUUAGCUUUGCUGUCUGGUUUUCUCGCGUUCCAAAUCAGAAUCGCAGCAUCGUCACCACCCGUAGCAAUAAGACGCUCAUCAUCCGCCGCCAUUUGGCCGGGUGCAAGAGGCUGCCAUUGCAUGGUUGUAAUGGCGCCGGUGUGCGCUGUGAUGGAUCGUCGCUGGCCGGUUUCGUCCCAGAGAUCUAGUACGCCCUUGUCGCUAGAAGUGGCGGCCAACUUGGAGCGCCAGUCAAACAACACUUGGGAGAAGCUGUCGUCGUCAUUUGUUUCGAAUUUGCGAACUUGGGAAAUAUCGGAGUCUGUGCAGUGCAGGCUGACGAGGAGGUCGCCACCACACAGCAAAAACUCAAUGUCGCUGGUCCAUGUGGCGUCAAGCGGCGUCGUGCCAAUGUCGUGGCCGGGCAAAUGAUAUGACAGAGAAUUUCCAGAGGGCGACGAGUACACUGUCACCAUUGCGCCGCCCUUUUCAGGAGAUAUGGCGAGCAGCGCUGUGCAGCUGGGGUUCCACAGGAGCUUGACGACGGGUGGUUCGGCCACCUCCAUAGACUGGACGUGGACGCCAUCGGCAGACCAGACAUUGAUGCUGGCUUGGGAACCGGAAUCCGUGGCUACAGCAAUAGCGGCGCCGUCAGCAGUCCAAGCCAAGGCUGUCACAGUUGUCGUUCGCGGCGUGUCGGGAUCAAUCAGCGCAUGGGCUCUAGGCUGCACGUGAUCCUGGCCUGGCUCGGCGCUGCUACGCGACACUGUCCAUACCCGCGCUAGCGCAUCCGUUCCAGCAGCCGCCAACAUGGAUGGAUCUCUGGGGUUCCACUCGCACUGAAGUAAAAUAGGAGGAUUAUCGGCAACGGACGAGGAUGCCGACGAUGGGCGGUCGGCACUGGCGGUGUCGUCCAUGAGGUGAAUAAAGGUGGUGGAUGGGGUUAAUUCCUCGACUUUUUCAAUUUGCGUGCCUUGCUCGGGCCCGUCAGUGUGCACCAUGGACGGCGGCACCUGCUCGCCUUCGAGUGGCGAUGGAUAGGCUUGCUGAUCUCGAGAGUCCACGUCCAUGGGCGUGGUGGAGGCGGCGUCAGCCUCGGUGGAAGCGUCGAAGCCGUUGCUGAGUUUCGGUCGCUUUGACGGCGAACCGUUUGUUAAUUGUGCUUGCGAGCGCUUUCUCGCCAUUUCUGCCUCUAGGGCCUCUGUCGCUUCUUCUCUCUCCUUCUUGGCCGUUAGCGGUGGAUCCAGAGGCCCAAAGACGCCAACCUUUAACGUCUCUGAUUCUGAGGGAGCAGCAUUUUGCGGCAGCUGUG